UUGGCAAAACUUUCAAAGCCAUACAAAGUGCUAAUGAGCCAACAACUCUUCCAGAUCAUGAUUUCCCUGUUGGCUCGAAACAGAAGCUCAUUCCUUCCGUUUAUCUCUUGAUUGAUCCAAAUAAUACAAAUGACACUCUUAGAAGCAGUCAACUGUCAAUAUAUAUCUGUUUACAAUAUGAAAUAGAAACAAGUGCUAUGACGCAUAUGAGUGAUCUACAGUCAUUAGUAAAUAACAGCCAUUUCGACAAUAGGCUAAAGGUUGAUAAUAAAAUUAGACCUAUCUGGGUUCUCACUGUAGAUGGGAGCCAAUCGGCAUACAAUCCUGUUGAAAGGAGCAUGGCACCACUUUCAAACAGACUUGCAGGUAUAGUUUUACCUGUGGACCAUUACGGUUUCCACCUUAACUCACAAGACCCUAUUUUUGGAAAGCCAGUUAUAACUGAGUAUGUUGAUAUAGAAAACAUUUCAUUUCCGAAUGUUGAGUUUCCAGGGUUGGAAAAUAAUAUUGAUAAUUAUAAUUGUAAUAACAUUACAUGUUGCUUGCCUAAACAAUGUAAUGAGGCUAGUGAUCUUCUUGCUACUAAUAAUGGCUUUCUUCCACCUCUUGUAAUGGGAAAAGACAGCCAUUAUGUUAACUCGAUUCAUCUAUUAGAGUACUAUGACAAGGGAAAAAUACCAGGUUAUGAUGAACAUUGUCCCUUCAUCACUAAAGACAAAUACACAAAACUCUCUUGUCCUGUGUGCAAAAAAUAUUUUUCAACAGCCUUGAUGGUUGUUACUCAUGAAAAAAACCAACAUCCACGUUUAGUUAAACAUGGAAGGCCAAAAAAAAAAUACAAUCAAAAUUGCAAUCACAAAAAAACAGAAAACUAA